UGAGUUUGUGUGGGUGUGGCGUUUCACUGAUAAUGGAUUCCUUGCUUCUUCCCUCUUUCCACAUAGCUUCUCCUAUUACCACUGGCUAUUCCAUAACAAAAGCUUCAAGUUACAGAAUUAAGAAAUUCCAGAAUGAAUAUCCUAUGAUGAGGAUUCAACAGCAUAAUUACAGAGGCAUUGAGUUUGGAUCCACAUGUGAAGAAUUUGCAAGAGCUUAUGUUGUGAAUGCAGCCUCUGGACAAUCAUUUGAAUCUGAACCUCAAGCUCAUAGUCCAAAAACCAUUUGGGGUUCUCUCAAACAUACAUUGAAUGCUUUCUACAGGUUUAGCAGGCCACACACAAUCAUUGGCACAGCAUUAAGCAUAAUUUCUGUGUCCCUUCUUGCAGUGGAGAAAUUAACAGAUAUAUCUCCAGCAUUUUUCAUUGGUGUACUGGAGGCCGUGACAGCUGCCCUUUUUAUGAACAUUUAUAUUGUUGGCUUAAAUCAAUUAUCUGAUGUUGAAAUCGACAAGAUAAAUAAACCGUAUCUUCCAUUAGCAUCUGGAGAGUAUUCCUUUGGAACGGGUCUCAUUAUUGUUGUAUCAUUUUCAAUUCUGAGUUUUUGGCUUGGGUGGAUUGUAGGUUCAUGGCCAUUGUUUUGGGCUCUUUUCAUCAGUUUUGUGCUGGGGACUGCUUAUUCAAUCGAUUUGCCCCUGUUGAGAUGGAAGAGAUUUGCAGUGCUUGCAGCCACGUGCAUCCUUGCUGUUCGGGCAGUAAUAGUUCAACUUGCAUUUUUCCUUCAUGUGCAGACCUAUGUGUACAAGAGGCCAGCUAUCUUUUCAAGAUCACUGAUUUUUGCUACGGCAUUCAUGGGCUUCUUCUCUGUAGUUAUAGCAUUGUUCAAGGAUAUACCUGACAUUGAAGGAGAUAAAAUAUUUGGCAUUCGAUCAUUUUCUGUGCGUUUGGGUCAGAAACGGGUAUUCUGGAUUUGUGUUUCACUUCUUGAAAUGACUUAUGGUGUUGCCCUUUUGGUGGGAGUAACAUCUUCUUGCCUUUGGAGCAAAAUGAUCACGGGUAUGGGACAUGCCCUUUUGGCUUCAGUCCUCUGGUUUCAUGCCAAGUCUGUAGAUCUGAAAAGCAAAUCUGCCAUAACAUCUUUCUACAUGUUUAUCUGGAAGCUAUUUUAUGCAGAGUACUUCCUCAUACCUUUAGUUAGAUGAAAAUGCAGUGGCAUAUUUUUUGAAGAAAUGGUGCUUCUUUGCUAUAUCUGAAGUAUUAGGCGAAAUUUGACAAUUAUAAAUACUGUGUACAUUGAAUACUAAUUUUGUUUGUGAUAAAUUCUAUAUGUCUAGAUGACAUUGU